AUGCACGAAGAAGAACAUGUGCUGGAACGACGAGAUCAUCACUGCAGUACGCCGAGAACCAUUUUACGAUAUUUGCGUUUUCGACUACAGAAGGUUCAGUUGCUUUUCGCCCUGAACGGAUUGCAUCUGAAGAUGAUGAACAGAGAAGAAGACGACGAAGACAACGAAGACGAAUUGGACUCACCAUCACUCACUGCCAAAUUUUUGCAUUUUGCCGUAUUGAUUUGCUGUCACAUUUAA